GUAAAACAGCCACAAUGGUGCUGUCAUCGAGUUUAAUCGAUAUUAAAAGUUACAAUUUCACUCUAUUCGCAUAUGAGAAUAUUUGGCGUGCAUAAUAACAUUUAUAAUCAUCAUGAACAUGGAUAUAAGUAUGGAUGCUAAUAGUGGAGGAUUUUUAAACGAUACUUCAUCGGUUUCUGGAGAAAAAAACUUGAGAAGAGCACAAAAUAUUGUUCCUGUAAUGAUUGGUCAAAUAAUACGUUCUUCUGGCGAUUUUCAAAUUUGGGAGAUACCAGUUCGUAUGCUUACAUUUAUUGGCAUAUUACGCAAAGUUAAUGAAUCUACAACAAAAAUCACAUAUGAAAUUGAAGAUGAAACCGGUACAAUUACAACUCUUCGAUGGUUAGAAGUAAAUAGAAGUACGCCAGAACCAACAUUAGAAAUAAACACUUAUGUUCGAAUAUAUGGUCUUCUACGUGAUCAAAAUGGAGUAAAACAAGUCUUCAUAGUACGUAUAUUACCUCUUGAAGAUCUUAACGAGUUAACUAAUCAUUUGUUAGAAGUCACUUAUGCAACAUUGAAAGCAGAACAAAUAUUUAAAGCAAACAAUACGCACACUGUUUCUGUUAAUGUGGAUGAUAAUUCAAUGUUUAAUAAUGAUUGCACUGGUAUGAGUACAGAACAAGCUAUAGUAUUUAAAAUAAUACAAGCUGAAAAUGAGACUGAAUGUGGAAUUGAAAGAAACGAUAUUAAAGCUCGUGUACCAGAAAGGAUUUUACAUGAUGUUGAUCAAAUAAUUCAUUUCCUUACAUCCGAAGGACACAUAUAUACUACACGUACAGAUGAUCAUUUUAAAGCAACUUAAGCAUAUGUUAUAAUAAUAUAUUACAGUACUGUGGGAACAUAUAAAAAAAUAUUAUCAUUACAUUUAUAUAACUUAACAAAAUAUAUAUUUUUAUGUUUGAUAUUUUAUUAAAAUUAAUUAAAAAUGAUAAGUAUACUUCACCUAAUCAAUAUUAUUUAAGUCAAUAAUUUUACUCAUUAGAUUUUAUUUUAUCUUAUAUUGCUUUAUAUGUAUCAUCAUUUCUCUCCUAACGACAUAUAUAUAUAUACGUUCUCGAAAAAUGGAUUUUCAAAUACAAAGGAUAUAUAUUUAUAAGCAUACAAUAUGGGUAUUAUAUUUUAUUUUACACAACAUGGAAUAUCUACGGAAGUUAAUUAUUAUGAAAUUAUUUUAUGUUCCAUAAAUUAUUACAUAAAACUUUAAUAUUACACAUCGUUUCAUUCUUUUUUUUUUCUUUUUAGUUAUAUUGUAAUUAAAAAUAUCAUAUGUACAUUAAACAUAAUACUAUUUCUAAGAGAAGUUCAAAAUAAAUUACAUUAUAUUCAAAGAAUCUAACAAUCAAUCAUAAGAAUGAAGUUUGUUCUAUUGUCGAAUUGAUACAAAAAAAGAAGCGCGUAGGAAAAUUAUAUUUUAUCUUUCUUUUAACGAAAUAUAAUUGACCAAUGUAUUUCUAUAGUAACGGGUUAGUGUAUUCCAUAAUUUAUAUUGAAUUAAUUAUAUCGAAAAUGAAAUCUUUUAUCUUACCAUAUCGCGAUAUAAGAACAUGACAUAUAUAAUAUAUG